GUAUAUCCCCCAUUUAUGGAGGUUGUGAGCAGAGCCUAUACUGGCGGACUGCUGCCUCCCUGUUCAUUCACACGUCCCCGUCCUGCGUGUUAGGGUGUGUGUGUGUGUGUGUGCGCGCGCGGAGCUUUUAAAAGCGGAUCUCAGCGUGGGAGUGUGGUCAUUGCUCAGCUGCGCACAUCUCCGCGCACAUCUGCAUCUGCGCCAGGCGGAGACUCUGCGCUCACCGCACUUUGGGCAACAGGACCCUUUCGAUGCAGAGGAUUACUUUGACCAUUUUGUCCAAGGGCCGAGGACACGUACAGUGAAGUCAUUCCACUUUUCUGGUCUCGGACACUAUUCAUUACUCACUGCCUCAAAGCCCUCGCGGGUCGUCGGCAGUGUGAGAGAAAAAUGUUUUACAACAGAGAUCGCUGGAGGGUGUACAAGAAGGCAGUUGUCGUGUUCUUCCUGGCUGCGGUGGCGCUGACCGCCGUCCAGAGAGGGAGCGUCAGUAUGGGGGCUACCUUCGAACUCGAGAGGCAGGCUCGCACGGAUACCUCUGAGGGAGUGGAGCCUGACGGCGCGCAGGAAGGGAAGUCUGACUCGCACCUGUCGAUGAAAGGCUUCUGGAGAGAUAGAAAACCCCGGCCUCAGCCCAAAGCUCGGGCCGCCAAGUACGAGCCCAGGAUCCCCGAAAACAGCAGCCCCGGGACCUGGGAUGUGACCAGCACCAACUGCAGCGCCAACCUCAACCUCUCCAGCCAGGACUGGUUCAGGAACAUGGACGACCACUUCAAGCAGUUCAUACUUUAUCGACACUGCCGCUACUUCCCCAUGCUCCUCAACCACCCAGAGACGUGUACGGGGGAGAUCUUUUUGCUCAUGGUGAUUAAAUCAGUGGCCACCCAGCAUGACCGCAGGGAGGUCAUUCGGAAGACCUGGGGCGAAGAGAAGGUGGUGGAUGGCAAGAGGAUAAAGACGCUCUUCCUUCUGGGUAAACCCUCCAACGAGGCAGAGAAGGCCAAUCACCAGAAGCUUGUGGAGUACGAGAACUACAUCUAUGGGGAUAUCCUCCAGUGGGAUUUCUUGGACAGCUUCUUCAACCUGACACUGAAAGAGACUCACUUCCUCAAGUGGUUCCACACUUACUGUCCCCGUGUGCGCUACAUCUUUAAAGGGGAUGAUGAUGUGUUUGUCAGCAUGGAGAACAUCGUCGAGUUCCUCGACAGCACCAGCCACGACAGGAACCUGUUUGUCGGGGACGUGAUUUUCAAGGCCAGGCCCAUUCGUAGAAAAGAUAGCAAGUACUACGUACCCGAAAGUCUGUAUAAUAAGACACUGUACCCUCCGUAUGCAGGGGGAGGGGGUUUUCUGAUGGACGGAGACUUGGCGAGGAGGCUUAAAUGGGCCGCGGACACCCUGGAGCACUUCCCGAUUGAUGAUGUCUUCUUGGGCAUGUGUCUGGAGGUGCUUCGGGUCACUCCCGUCCAACACAAUGCCUUCAAGACGUUUGGCUUGGUGAGAAAUAAGAACAGCAAAAUGAACCACGAACCUUGCUUCUUUAAGAGCAUGAUUGUGGUGCACAAGCUGCUCCCACGAGACCUCAUGCGCAUGUGGAAUCUGAUUAACAGUGACCUGGUCUGUGCACAGAAAGUGAAGAACCUAUAGCUGAACGGGAACACCGGGUGAAGGCAGCACUGACACCGCUGAGCUACACCUCGGUGGAUCACAAACCGAAGUACAGUGCAGUGCACGAGAGUCGAAGGCAAAACCUGCCAGUAAAUCCUCCAUUACUGUACGUGGAGAGGGUCCAGGACAAUAUUUGAAGUUCCUGUGUCUGUGCCGUAAUGUAAUAUUGGGAUGUUCUUCCUCCAAAGUAAAGUAAAUUAUAGAGAGUUUUUGUCCCCAAGACUGACAUAGAAUUGUGUAUUUAUAUUGGCAUCUUGAAGAACUCUCUCUGUUGGCACGCGGAUUCAGACAACUCUCCCUACCUCUGUGAUUUAGUCAAAUUAAAUAAACCAGGGUAACAUUAUCUGCAUUUACAGUACACAUUGUAAAAUAUGUGUUUUAAUCACUUUUUGUAUCACAGAGGUCCUUGCACUCAUUUGUUUUGAAUGUGACUGACUUGAUUUGGACUUCUACCACUCCCGUAGGAGUUUUUUAAAAUUGUGUAAACUUGUUACACGUACGCUUUCCGUUGAUUUGAAUGUGCUGAUAUACUUGACAUGUAUUGGUUAGGGUUUUUUGCAAUGACACUGUGAACUAAAACUAUUGCUGGUACGCGCAUAUGACAUGUUAAUUUAAUCGCCCUCAGUAAAUAAGGGGGCACACGCUGGAGUUCCUCUGUUUAAUUUAAGCAUAUUAAUUGUUGUGGGUGUAGUGGGUGGUGAUUAUGCCUUGGUGAUGUAAAUAUAUGUAAAAAAAAAAAAUCUAAAUGUACAUAGAAUUUCAUUUGUAAAUAGACACGUUCACAAAAGAGUUGUCUUUGAAAAUCUACCUUGGAUUGGCUGUUUUUGUGUUUGGCCUUAUCAGCAUCGACCAUCUCUAUGUGAAAAUCCAUACCAGGUUACCCAACAAUAGUGCCUAUUGUUAACAUAUGGGUAUCAGCUAACAGCAAGGAAAACAUACAUGUACAAGCACCAUGUAAUAUGGUGCUCUCAUAACAAUAGACUGCAUAACUUGUACAACAACUUAACCUUAGAGGAUGGUCUGUUUUCUAUACAUCGGUGGUGCAAUAUCAAUAUAUUGUAUGUUUGAAUAAAAAAUACUUCAGCA